AAGCAAUCAUUUCUCCUUCUCUCUGGCUGCAUUCUUGCAGCCAUUGAGAAAUACUGUGAGAGCUGUGAUUGGUCACAGCUUGUCACAUGGCACAAGGCUGUUGUGAAUAGCCCUGUACCAUGUGAUCUCUGUGAUCAUUCACAGAUUUCACUAGUAGUAAGCAAUGAUGUCAGAAGUGACAUCUUGCUUACCACUAUUCAUGUGAUCGCUGAUUGGCCAAUCAGCGAUCACAUGAUCGGGACCUCACACAGAGGUCCCGUACAGCGAUCGGGGGGUGCGCACAAUUCAAAAUGGCGGGCGCCGUUUAUG